AUGGCGGCCGCAAUUGACGACGAAUUUCCCUGCUCCCUAACUAUCGACGUCCCCUUCCCUACCCCGCGCCUAGCUUCCGUAGCUCACAAGGCCCUCGCCGUCGAUAAGGAACUGUCGCCGCUUGUUAGACGCACAUUUUCCAUCGAAGAGAGCUCUUCGGCUACCGAAUCAUCAGCAGCCGUCCUCCGUGUCCGCUACAAGGCUACCACAAACCGUAUGCUGCGCGUUGCCGUCAACGGCCUCAUGGAGAGCCUCAACCUCGUCGUCGAGGUCAUGGAAGAGCUGGACGUUGAUGUUCUGGAACACAAUCAGGACGGCCAAUGA